AGCGCCACCUCGCGAACCUAAGUAGAACUGAGCAUCAAACAUGGCCGACAGGAGGCCUUUCGACGCCAAAGACUUUCAAGUCAAAAACUCGGCAGUUUUCGGGCUCGUCCUUGAAAGCUCGACCGCGUUUACUCCCGCUCCAGAUUGCCGAGGUGGAAAAGAGACUUAUUCUACUCUUCUGGAACUGUCUGUAGCUGCUCUCGCGAAGUACCAGUCUCUCAUGCAGACAGCUGUGAAAACCGUGCCCCGCGUGCUGUUGAUCAAGUUGUUGAAGGAAGCCCUGCUGAGAUCCCACCACCUGUGUAUCCGAGACUUGAUCUCCAACUGGCCGGAGAGAUCACUGGAUUUCAGCGAGAUCCUGGGAUCUCAGCACAGACAUCGUGUACAGGACCUGCUGAACUGGGAGUCUGGGCGGGCCAAAAUCAUCGCUCACAGCUUACUCAACUGUCAGAGUGGAGCUUUACAAGUGGUGGAUUUGAGAGAAGCCCUGCCAAAUCGAGAGGCGACUGUCAGCUUUGUGGAGGCCUCCUUACAGUCCCACAGACAGCAGCGUACAAAAGAUCUUCAUGUGUACCUGAACAUGUGGACAGAGGACUGUCUCAUGGAGGAAGGCAAGGUAGCGAAGUCGCUGUCACCCGAGGAAAGGGGGAUAAAGCUCCACCCCUUUAGAGUAGUCACAGUGUCCCUGGGUAGUACACUGGAGAGACUGGGGAGAAGACUGGAGCCACAGGUCCUGACUGGGCUAGAGUUGAAGUCUGACACAUUCGAAACAGCUGACUCGUUCGCUACCCUUCUCGGGGGAGGAAAGUUCCCAAACCUCUCAGCACUCAGCCUCCCCAACUUUGCCAAGCCACUGGAACCGGCAGACUUCCAGGUGCUGGGAGAAGUCCUGUCCCACCUGCCGGCACUACGUAGGCUGAACCUGAACGGUCUGCGGGUGAUGGGGCAGCUGCGGCAGCUACUACAAAACAUGCCGGGACACCUGGAGCACCUGAACGUCUCCCACUGCAGACUCGUUUCAAUAGAUGUUCUGUUCUUGUACGAAUCCCGACAUGCUGACACCCUGCGAGAACUCAGCAUAUGUGGUAUGUCAAGAUUUAACCACCUGUGCCUUUUGGUGAGAGGAGUGGCACCACAGAUUGAAUGGCUGGACUUGAGCGGUUGUCCGGAGUGCUUCGAAGAAGACUUUCUUAGCCGGAUGAGAUUCAUUCUGCGAUCCCCUUUCUCCAAACUCAGGUUCCUCAACUUCACAGGGAAUUUGAUUUCUAAUUUUAACCCAGCCAUUUCUGUCUGUCUGUUUUUUGCAGGAUCUGAUAGGAUACGUUCUCUAGCCACCCUGCACCUGGAUGCUAUGCAUUUAAAUGAAUCAUUUGCGGAACUAGCACGUGCAAAGUUAGGUAACGUUAAUGGCAAAAACAGGCCUAAGAAAGUACAAGCUCAGUACGAUCCAGACACGGGUUUAACCGUCUUGAAAGUCCUUUGGAUGGACACAGCCAUGUAGGCUUGUUCUUGGUUAAAUUUGGUUCCUUGUUUGGCAUUGCAUUCAGGAUUCACUUUUUUUUCAUCCCUUGUUGUGACAAGCCUUUUAACUGAAGAAUUAUCAUUUACAUGAUGGUUGUGAGUGUGAUAGACUAGAGGUGUAUAACUCUAACAAUGUAAAAUAUGAUUUUUGAGGAAAAGGAUAUGUCAACUAUUA